AUGACUCAGUUUUUUGACAGCAAGCGCUUUCAUAUACAUCCACUAAGUUUCCACUGGCCAGACCGUCAACAAAGUGUACCUUAUGGAGGUUUUGAAGGAGUUCAGGAAGAGAUUUCUUCGCAAAAGACCAGAGUUCUUCCACUUGGGUUGGUGGCUGGUCGGUGGCACCUACAUCAAGGCAAUGAACCAGUCCACAAUUCCAUCAUGGUAACCAACUACUUUACAACGAUGGGAAUGAAAACCGUCCUUCACCCCUACUACAGUCUAGACCUUGCUCUCUGUGACUUUUGGUUGUUUCUGAAGUUGAAAGAGAACUUCAGGAACAGUCAUUUUGAAGACAUUGAGGAAAUGAAGGUCGAUGUGACAGACGUUCUGGACACCUUCACUUUGAAGGACUUCCAUGGGGCCUACACGAAUCUGCUAAAUACCGGUUUCUCUGACGGUAACGGUUCAGAGAUCGAAUAG